AUGGCACGUUCCUCCCAUCUCGUCGCUUCCACGGCCAUCGCGCUGCUCCUCCUACUCGUGUCGUCGUACUCCUGCCGCGCGGCGAGCAGCAGCGGCAAGAACCCGACCGCCGUGGUGCUGCCGGUGCGCAAGGACGGCGCGACGCUGCAGUACCUGACCAGCUUCCGGCAGCGCACGCCGCAGACGCCCGUGACGGCGGUGCUCGACCUGGGCGGCGCCACGCUCUGGGUGGACUGCGACCCCGGGUCGUACGCGUCCUCCUCCUACGCCCGCGUGCCGUGCGCGUCCAAGCCGUGCCGCCUGGCCCGCACGGCCGCCUGCGCCACCAGCUGCGUCGGCGCGCCGUCGCCCGGGUGCCUCAACGACACCUGCAGCGGGUUCCCGGAGAACACCGUCACGCGCGUCGCCACCGGCGGCAACCUCAUCACCGACGUGCUUGCGCUGCCCACCACCUUCCGCCCGACGCCGGGCCCGCUGGCCGCCGCGCCGGCGUUCCUGUUCGCCUGCGGCGCCAAGUUCCUCACCGAGGGCCUCGCGUCUGGCGCCGCCGGCAUGGCGUCGCUCAGCCGCGCGCGCUUCGCGCUCCCGACGCAGCUCGCCGCCACGUUCCGCUUCUCGCAGAAGUUCGCGCUCUGCCUCCCGUCGACCACCUCGGCCGGGGUCGUCGUCUUCGGGGACGCGCCCUACGCGUUCCAGCCCGGGGUGGACCUCUCCGGCUCGCUCCUCUACACGCCGCUCCUCGUCAACAACGUGAGCACCGCGGGGGUGUCCGGCAAGGGGGACAAGUCGACCGAGUACUUCAUCGGCGUGACGGCCAUCAAGGUGAACGGCCGCGCCGUGCCGCUCAACGCCACGCUGCUGGGAAUCGACAGGCAGGGUGGGGGCGGCACC